AUGGAGAAUGUUGUAGUGUUGAUUGUUGGCGCUGGGCCAGCAGGCCUUGCAACAGCAGCAUGCCUUAGCCAAUUCUCAAUUCCCUAUGUCAUUGUCGAGCGUGAAAGUUGCAGCGCGUCGCUUUGGCGCAACCGCGCCUACGAUCGCCUCAAGCUGCAUCUUGCAAAGGAGUUCUGCAAGAGCUACUCUGGCAUGAAUGUAUUGGUCGUUGGAUCUGGCAACUCUGGAAUGGAAAUUGCUUAUGACCUUGCGACCCAUGGUGCCAAUACUUCAAUCGUUAUACGAAGCCCGAUUCAUGUAAUGACAAAGGAAUUAAUCCGGUUGGGGAUGACACUUGCUCGUCGUCUCCCAUUGAAUCUAGUGGAUAACCUCCUUGUGAUGGCGGCAAAUUUCAUAUUUGGUGAUCUAUCGAGGUAUGGCAUCAGAAGGCCAAAAGUGGUUCCAAUGAUCCUCAAGUCAGAGACCGGCCGAUCCGCUGUUAUUGAUGUUGGCACUGUUGGGUUAAUCAAAAAAGGUAUCAUCAAAGUAAAGGGGAGCAUUAGUGAGAUCAUGGGCGAUAUAGUUGAAUUUCAGUGCGGUAAAAAGAUAUCAUUUGACACGAUUGUGUUUGCAACUGGAUACAAAAGCACAGCAAAUAUAUGGCUCAAGCUUUGUGUUUUUUUAUCUCGGAAUGGUGAGAGCAUGUUAAAUGGCAAUGGACUGCCCAUCAAAGAAUAUCCGAAUCAUUGGAAAGGUGAAAAUGGGCUCUACUGUGCUGGGUUAGGAAGGAGAGGAUUGGCUGGUAUUGCAGGAGAUGCCAAGAAUAUCGCCAAUGACAUCAUAUCAGUGAUAGGCGCUAUGUCCGGGUAA